AUGUCGGCGAAACCUAUGGUGGCUACGCAAGAGCGGCAGAAGCGACGCUCACGUCGGGCUAUAAAUGGCUGUGAGAACUGCCGGCUGAGAACAUGCAACCGGAAGCUGCGCACGCAGUUUCGGCACAGAUGGAAUCCGUCAAUACGGAGCGGCCACAAUGGGAAGGCGACUACACAUGCCCUCUCGUACAGCUUUAAACCAGACCAGCCAUGGUGUCGUACACGCCGGCCGCUGACGUUCGUGAACGAGAAUCGUGAGUUGCUGUCACUUUACGAAGACGGUCUCUCAGACGACGAAGCAGAAAGUGCAGCAGAAGCAGCAACCACAACAACAGAAGAGCCAUCGGGGCUGCUCAGUCCCCCAGAAAAUAAUGAUGUUGCAUCUGGAAGCUAUACGGCCGUGCUUGCUAAAGAGCCGUCGAACUUGGACUGGCUGUCUCCCAUCUCCCUCUCCCAGUCACCGUCACAAUCGUCUACAUUGAUAGCUAGAUAUAAUGACGAAACGGCCUCGAUUGCCGCGGCGGCUGCCGUUGCGGCCGUCACCACCGCUUCUGUCACCGCGGCGGCUGCGGCUAAUGCUGCUACAAGACCAGCCUAUGCUGGCAUCGGCAUCAACCCCCUCAUACACCCUCCAGAAGAACAGGAACAGGAACAGCAUCAUCAGAUGUCAUCGAGAGUGGUACCGCCAGAGUUGCCCACAUGGCCGCUCGAGAAUAAAAUGGAAGCCUGUCUUUUCCGUUAUUUUAUUGAGUUGUCGGCCAAGUGGUUUGAUCUCUGUGACCAAGAACGCACGUUUGCCGUCGUGGUGCCAUGCCGGGCGGUGCUUCAUGCCCCGCUGAUGAAUGCCAUCUUUGCAAUCAGCGCCAGACACCUUAGCCUUAUCAGCUCGUUCAACAGGAGCAUCUCAGACCGCUACUAUGACCGCUGUUUGGCGACGUUGCGGCCGAUGCUAAAUGAUAAGGGCGCCCUCGUGGACGAGAACUUGUUUGCAGCUGCAGUGAUCUUGCGGAAUUUUGAGGAAAUAGAAGCACACCCGAGCACACAUCUCCUAGGCAACAGUCUCUUUGUUAAGGCAUCGGCUACCUUGCACGACUCGGCUGGGCUGUCUGCGCCGAUUCUGUUCUCCGGUCUGAGACGUGCUGCGUUUUUGGUAGCCGUCCGUCAGGAAAUUUACACCGCCUUCGUGUCGCAGCGGUCGAUUUGUCCAUCAUUUAGUCCCUUUGUUGUGGAUCCCUCCCUGGAUGUUGAAGGCAAUGAUUGCGACUGGGCCAACCGUGCUGUCUUUCAUUUAGCUGAUGUUCUGCGCUUCUGUUACGGUAAAGAACAGCCAGUGCCGCUGGAUGACAGUCUUUGCCGUUAUGACCAGCUUGUGGCCUACAGCCAUCGUUGGUACGAGAAAAAGCCACUUAGCUUUUUACCGCUAUAUUACAAAGAUCUCCUGGCAGACUUCUCGACAACAUUAAACGAUGUCGGAAGCAUCCUCUUCCCCGAGAUAUGGCUCACAUCUGACACUGUAGCCACUGGGCUGCAGCACUAUCACCUUUCACGGAUCUUGCUGGCUGCCUUCGAUCCGCGAGCACCGCGGAUCGGACCAGAACGCGCACAGUUUGCCCGGGAGCAAGAUGGCCGAAUCCGUUCCGAGGUGCGCAAUUUAGUCGGCAUUGCAAAAAGUAACCCACACUGUCGACCCAACUUCGUGUCGGCCUGCAUGGGAAUUGCCAUGGCCGGUGAGCGUUUCCAGGAACGCUGGCAGCAGGAGUCCAUCAUGGGAUUCCUUGAAGAGACAGAGUCGCUUUGUGCUUGGCGCACACACACGGCCAGAGAACGUCUGUCGGCUGCAUGGGGUUGGGACAACAGGGACGGGGAGAAGAACUAG